AUGGUGCAGAAGAAGCCUAAAAAGAAGGUCGGAAAGAAGGUAGCGGCGGCUCCCUUAGUCGUCAAAAAGGUUGAACCUAAGAAGAUUGUGAAUCCUCUGUUCGAGAAGAGAACAAAGAACUUUGCUAUCGGUCAGGACAUCCAGCCAACACGUGACUUGUCUCGGUUUGUGCGAUGGCCCAAAUACAUCCGCAUCCAGCGCCAGAAGGCAGUCCUUCAACGCCGUCUGAAAGUUCCACCUCCAAUCAACCAGUUCACGCAGACCCUUGAUAAGACUACAGCCAAAGGUCUUUUCAAGAUUCUUGAGAAGUACAGGCCUGAGACUGAAGCAGUGAGGAAAGAACGUCUUAGGAAAGCUGCUGAAGCUAAGGUUGCCAAGAAAGAUGAGCCCCCAGCAAAGAGGCCUAACACAGUCCGUGCUGGCACCAACACUGUGACCAAGCUAGUUGAGAAGAAGAAGGCACAGCUUGUAGUCAUUGCACAUGAUGUUGACCCCAUUGAGCUUGUCCUCUUCCUGCCUGCCCUCUGCCGUAAGAUGGGUGUUCCAUACUGUAUUGUGAAGGGCAAAUCACGUCUGGGUGCCCUUGUCCACCGCAAGACUUGUACAUGCUUAGCGCUGACACAUGUGGAGUCUGGUGACCGGGCUGCCUUCUCUAAACUGGUGGAGGCGAUCAGAACAAACUUCAACGAGCGGUACGAAGAGCUGCGCAGACACUGGGGUGGUGGUGUGCUUGGUAACAAAUCCAAUGCGCGUAUCGCCAAGCUCGAGAAGGCUAGAGCGCGUGAAUUGGCGCAGAAGCAAGGCUAA